CACCUGAAGGCAGCGCAGUGUUUGGUUCUGCUGGCAGCUGACGGACGUGUCUACUGCUGAGACAAGUGACAGCAAAUCUACUGUAUCUCAGCAUGGCAAGCCUUACUGACACAUCAGCAGCAGAAGCAGCAGCGUUGGCAGCGGCGGCGAACUCCUUGGCACGCACUUUCUCCCAGGUGGUGUUCACUGACAUCCCGCACUCGUACCCGCCCGCCACCCCCAUCACCUGCAGCUACACCAUCACUGAGGCCUUCCAGCCCAACUCCAGGGACUGGGUGGGCAUUUUUAAGGUUGGGUGGAGCACAACAAAGGAUUAUCAUACCUUUGUGUGGGUGGAGCUGGACACUGUGGGGCAGCAGGCAGUCAGACAGGCAGAUUUUAAGGACUAUUACCUGCCGAAGGACGAGAUCGAGUUUUACCAGUUCUGCUACGUGGACAGUGGCGGUCAGGUGCGAGGAGCCAGCACUCCUUUCUCUUUCAAAAGCCCCGUGGAGCAAAACCUGGAGAGCAACAUGGACGACGACCUGCUGGUGAUCACAACACAGGAACAAGUGGAUCAGGGCGUCCGAGAGAAAGCAGAACUGAUGAAGGAGAUGGAUCAGAUCAGAGAGGAGAAGGACUCCCUAAAGAAAGCUCUGCAAGAAGUCAAGUCGAGCUUCGAGGAGCAGAACGGACAGAAAGAGAAAGAAAAGUGUGAUCUGGUGGACGAGCUGGAUCAGACUAAAGAGCAGAAUGAGAAGUUGAGAAGCAGCGUGCAGGAAAAAGAGCAAGAAAUCGACCGUUUAAAGGAGGAAAUGAUGCUCCAAAAAUCAAAGCAGAUGGAGAUACAGCAACAAAACGCUGCAGAGAUACAGAAACUGAGUCAAAGCGUACGUUUAGAUGGAGCUGCACGGCAAAAUGAGACACACGCUCAGGAGAAAUACGAUCGAGCCGUGAUGAAGAUCAAUCAGAUGAAGGAGGAGCGCGAGGAGCUGCGGGGGAAGAACGAGGCUCAAAGUGACGAGAUCGCAAAGCUUAGCUCCAAACUCAGAGAAGCAGAAAGAGAAUUGUUCAAGAUGAAAGACAGCGUUCAGCUCCUUCAGGUCGACCUGCAGAGCAGCGAGAAAGAGAAGGAGAGACUCGCCGCGGAGCUCCACCAGCUGCAGAGCGUCACGCACAACAUGGACGAAGUGAAGAAGGAGAACAAGCAGUUGAAUCUGAGGCUUUCCCAGCAGGAGACGCAGCAGCAGCAGCAGCAGCAGAGCUCCCCAGAUGAGGAUCUAAAGGCUCUACGCAAGCAGCUUCAGGAGGUUCAGACCAAGCUGUCGGCGGAGAAAGACGAGUCCAAAAACUCCAAGAGACGAGCCGAUUUUCUGGAGGGCGAGCUGCAGCAGGUCAGGGAGCAGCUGGACAGUGUCGCUGCAACGUUGGACGGGAUGCAGCGGAGAAGCAGCAAGCAAGAGAUGCGACUCCUGGAGGCUCAUGAGAUGCUGGCAGAUAAAGAAGGCAUCAUCGAGGAGAAGGAACACAACAUACUGCUGGUCAGAAAGGAGGUCGAGGACCUCGUCAAAGAAAACGAGACUCUAAAAGGCGACAUCGACGAGCUUCGUAGAGUUUAUGCCGACUACCAAGCGGCUCCCGGCUCUUCCUCAGAAGAUCAGCCAACGUACGUGCAGCCGGAUGACGUUCAGCCAGCUUCUUCAUCCACCCAAGACGCAUCCGAGCAGUCUGAGAACCUGUAUGAGACCAUCGGGGGUGAAGAACCAGAGGAAGAGCAGGCGUUGGUGUGCCGCCACUGCCAGGAGAGAUUCCCCGGCAUCACGCAGCACGAGCUGGAGCAGCACGAGCAGAGUCACCGAGUGUGUCCCUUCUGCACCAUGAUCUGUGACAACAUGGAGCAGUCCGUGUUCGAAGAUCACGUCUACAGUCAUGAGCUGUGAGCGAGCCAAUAAAAACCCCCUCCCCCCAAAAAAAACCCC